CAUACAGGUAACCCAGACGGAUAGCGGUUGGAUCUGCGUCUUCGAGCCGAUGGACGAAACAAGGGCGAAGAGAAGAGAAGAAACGGAGGGAGAGGAGGAGAAGAGAGAAGAGGAGAGGAGAGAGGGAAGAGGAGAGAUCGCGGAAGGAGGAGGAGACGAAGAGGAGGAGAAGGAGAGUCUGGAGAGGAGGUUGCGCGCCGAAGAGGAGGAAGAGGAGGCAAAGAAGAAGAAGAAGAAGGCGGAAUUGAAGAAAUUGAAGAGGGGAUGGAAGGAAGCGAAGGAGGGGAGCUUGCGUUUGCCAGGACACUUCCAGGGCCGCGUCAUCGACAUGGGCGGCGGCGUGAGCACGGGCGUGGGCGUAGGGACCAUAAAGUGCGGAGACGGCAUCACGGAACUGCGCCCGCACCACGCCCCCUCGGCACCCGCGCCCGCCCACGUCCACUACGCCGUCAGACUGAUCACUCCCGCGGGGGCGCUGCU